CAGGCACGCUGCAUCGUGCAUUGGUCACGCGAUCAUGCAGUCAUCCAUGUUAUGCGGGCCUGCGCGGCGGGUGGUCACGUGAGCCGUUCACGUCCACGGUCGCGAUCUCGAUUCCGCGCGCUCCAUCUCCAACACUUGGACCACGGCGGCGCGCGAGAACAUCGGUUGUCCCAGCUUACAGCAUCCAUCCGUCCAGUCUUUUGGGCUCUUGUACUCCUUCUACAUCGUGCACACAGCGCCAAGGCAUCUCACUCGCCGGCUCGCUCGCCUCAUCGCUCCAUUGGCGGACUUUCUAACAGCCUCACCGCCGACCCUGUGCCCUGGCUGCUCGCUGCUCCACCUCGCCACGCGCCAUCCCCACAUCUCAGCAUGCCUCGAGCAGAAGCAGGCAGCAUCAAAGCCGUAUCGAACAGCAUCAAAGCCAAAGGACUGACCAAGCUACGUUUCUACUGUCAAAUCUGCUCCAAAGCUUGCAGAGAUGAGAAUGGCUACAAGAAUCACAUCGAGAGCGAGAGCCAUCUGAGACAGAUUGCGGCGAUUGGAGGAGGAAGCAAUGCGGCAAAGACCAUCGAUCGAUUCUCGGAUCAAUUUCAAAAGGAGUUUGUGGCGCUGCUCAGUAGGAGGUUCGGCACGCGCAGAGUUCGAGCGAAUCAAGUGUAUCAGGAGUACAUUCAAGAGCGACACCAUCUUCACAUGAACGCGACGCAGUGGCAAUCUUUGUCGCAGUUUGUAAAGCAUCUGGGAAGGGAAGGCAUUGUGAGAGCGGAAGAAAACGAGAAGGGUUGGUGGAUAGAGUGGGUGGAUAAUUCGCCGGCUGCGUUGGCUAGACAGGAUGCCCUGCUGAAAAUGAACAGGGCCAAGGUGGAUGAGGAGACGAGGGAGAGGAAAUUUUUAAAGGAGCAAAUCGAGAGGGCUAAAGCGGGUGGUGGAGGUGGAGAAGAGGCGAAAGAUGCGGAGCAGAAGGAACAGCGACCCGAAAUCGGCAGACUGGAGCUGCAAAGAGAUGGAAAUGCUCCCAUCAAGAUUGGCAUCGGUCUGAAAGCCAAGGUGGCGGAAGGAGAGGCAGACCGUAAGCCCGAUGCACCGAGCGCUAACCACCCGGUCGACAAUGGCUCUAGUUCCAAUGCGCCAGCAGGCACAUCGACCAGCUCCACGUCGGCUGCCAAGCCAUUCAAGCUAGGCCUCAUUUCCAACCCUCUCAAGAAUGGCGGCGGCGGCGCAAGCAGUCGAUCAAACGUUUUCAAGAGCGCGAGCACGAGCGGGGCGACUGUGACUGCGCAGACGAAGGGAUCGGGACAUGCGAGACCCGCGCUGACUGCUGCGGAGAGGAUCAUGGCUGAGGAGGAGGAGAGAAAGAGGAAGAAACAGGGCAUGGGACCUCAACCUUCUGCCAAGAGGAUGAGAAUGUGAAAAAGAGAGAGCGAAAGGGGCGAGAGGUGGGGGAUCGCGGGUGCGGUGCGGUGCGGUGCGAUGGAUGAGCUACUGAUUUGGUGUGUGCGCAUGCGGGCCCUUCUACAUGUGUUUGGAUUCCGAUCGUCGAGCCGAUGCGUCCUGCUCCUUUUCUCCCUCUCCCUCUCCCUCUCCCUCUCCCUCUCUCUCUCUCCCUCUCUCCCUCUCUCUCUCUCUCUCUCUCU